AUGGUCAGCGCAAACAUCCUAUGCUUAAAUCUGAUAGUAAUAAUCUCUGUUUUUUCUGAAGCAGAUGGAUAUUACACUUACCGUACAAUAGAGUGCCAUUUUGGCUCUUGGGAUCUGACAGACAUAGAUUACAUUCGUACUUAUAAUUUUAACAAAUUUGAAUAUAUGCGAUACAACAGUACAGUUGGCAAAUUUGUGGGAUCAAAUCAAUAUGGACGGAGUAAGGCAGAAGCCUUGAACAGAAAUACUGACUACCUCAAGCAGUUGAAACAAGAUGUAGACAAAUACUGCAGGAACAAUUCUAAAACUGAGAUCUCAAGUAUUCUUGAGAAAACAGUAAAGCCAGAGGUUCAUGUCAAGAUAAUCAAAGAGGGAAAUGGCAAGACUCCUACUGUGCUGAUGUGCAGUGCAUAUGAUUUCUACCCUAAACAAAUCAAACUGACCUGGUUAAAGGAUAAUGAACCAGUGACCUCCGAUGUGACUACUGAAGAGCUGGCUAAUGGAGACUGGUACCACCAGAUCCAUUCCCAGCUGGAGUACAUUCCCAAAUCAGGAGAGAAGAUCUCCUGCAAGGUGGAGCAUGCCAGCUUCGACAAGCCCAUGAUUUCUGGUUUAGACCCCCCUGAGCCUAUGCCUGAGUCAGAGAUCAUUGAAAUUGCUGUUGGAGCUUCUGGACUUGGCGUGGGGAUCAUCCUAGCAGCUUCUGGGCUGAUCUUCUAUAUGAUAAGAACCAAAGGUCAGUGGGAGAAAACUUUACUGAAUACAAAAAUUCACCAAGUGUGUAGACUCUGA